GAGGGAGGACACUGCAACCUACGUGAAUAAUUGAUAGUGCAAGGAAGGGAGAGCAGCUGGGUUCCCUGUCUCCAUCUGCUCACCAGCUGGGGAUGAGAGAUCCUUGCUCAGAUGCAGCAGAAAUGGCAAGCUUGGCUCUUUGCCUUGGUCCAGUCACAUCUCUACUCAGAGAUUCAGGUGAAUGAGAGGUCUGAGGAGGCGGUGCAGAGUUUUAGUGAUGUUAUAGACUCUCCCACUGAAGGCUUUCCAUGUGUCCUCACUCCUGCUGUCCCCAACAAGACUGUGGACUUGUUUGAGAUGAUUGAAAAAAUGCAGGGAAGUCGUCUGGAUGAACAGAGAUGUUCCCUUCCAGCUCCUCUCAAGACAGAAGAGGAGUAUAUUCCUUAUCCCAGCAUCCAUGAGGUAUUACAGAAAGGGUGGCCAUAUCCUCUCAUUAUCCUACCCCAGUUUGGGGGUUACUGGAUUGAAGGGACCAGCCACAACCUCUCCAGCUUGAGUCCAACUCUGUCUGAUGUACCCUUUUCCUGGAGUGGUAAAGUGAAACUGGAAAGUGACCCUACAGCCAAGCUGUACCGCAAACAUUUUCUGGGAAAGGAGCACCAGAACUUUUACUCCAGUGACAUGUCCUUGGGCUACCUAGUACUUUCUGUGAAGUAUGAACAGAUCGAGAAACAGGAAAAUCUCCGCCUGUUGCUGAGGACUCGUACUGGCACCAAACAUGAUCUUAUUCCCAUUUCCUGUCUGAAUGAGUUUCCCAAUGCUGUUCAGAUGGCAAAGCUUCUGUGUGAGGAUGUGAAUGUUGAACGCUUCUUUCCUGUCCUCUAUCCCAAGGCUUCACAGCUUAUUGUUGCAUUUGAUGAACACGUCAUAAGCAAUAACUUCAAAUUUGGGGUCAUCUACCAAAAACCUGGACAGACUACUGAAGAAGAAGUCUUCAGUAACACAGUAGAGAGUCAGGGUUUCCUGGAGUUCCUGGAUUUCCUUGGUGACAAGAUUCAGCUGCAGGAUUUCCGUGGGUUCCGGGGAGGCUUGGAUGUUACCAGAGGUCAAACAGGCACCGAGUCAGUCUAUACAAAUUUCCGGGGGAAGGAGAUAAUGUUUCACGUGUCCACAAAGCUGCCCUUCACAGAGGGAGAUUCCCAGCAGCUUCAGCGAAAGCGUCACAUUGGGAAUGAUAUUGUAGCCAUCAUUUUCCAGGAUGAAAGCACACCUUUUGUCCCUGAUAUGAUUGCUUCUAAUUUCCUUCAUGCUUAUGUGGUAGUUCAGCUCACUCAUAGCACCACUGGGGACACUCUCUACAAGGUUUCAGUCACAGCCCGAGAUGAUGUCCCCUUCUUUGGACCGCCGCUGCCAAAUCCAGCCAUAUUUAAAAAGAGUGCAGAGUUUCGUGAAUUCCUUCUGGUCAAGCUCAUCAACGCCGAGUACAGCUGCUACCGAGCUGAGAAAUUUGCUAAAUUAGAGGAAAGAACACGGAGUGCCCUCUUGGAGAGCCUUUUUGAGGAGCUGCAGCUUCGCAGCCGCAGCAUGAUGGGAUUGCCUGUAGGGGAGGAUGACAAGAUAGAGAAUGGCAGUGGGGGCUUCCUCGAGAACUUCAAGCGGGUGAUCAGAGGCCGCAGCCAGAGCCUGGAUACCAUGGGGAUAUCCAUGAGAAAGCAGCAGCCAGCCACCCUGCCCAGCCGCCCAGCUACAGCUGGCCUUGCCCUCAGCCAGAGUGUCGCCGAGGGCCCUAAGGCCAUUGCUGCGUCUUUUGCCUUGCCUGGUAGGAGCCCAUCCCGUACUCGAGCCAGCCGCUUCCACGGGCGACGGAGUAGUGCCAUUGGCAUUGAAAACAUACAGGAGGAAAAGAGCAGAGACACCACAGAGAGAAUACAAAGGGUGUUGGACAGUCCAGGAACUUUCUUUGACCUGAAAUCUGAUGGAUCAUCUAGUCCCAGCUCUCCAGAGUUCCCCAGCAGGAAGAGCAAUUUUCUCUGGAGUGAUUUUGGAGCUUCAUGGAGAAGCUUGGACAAGGACACAUCUGAGUGGGGACAUCAAGCCAAUCAGGAGUGGACCGGAUGCUACUCAGUCAUUGGGUACCUCACUGAAGACACUGGCAAGACUUUUGGGGUGAAAUCAGAGUCCUGGCUAAGAGGAGCAUGAACGUACUUAGAGGACCUCAAGGACUGUGGAGAGACCGAGUGGCACCAAGUAACGCUCCACUGGCAGUUCCUGGAGCAGGAAUUCUGUGAGAGGGAGAUGGACAGAUAGCUCCUGUUGGAGCAUUUUGGCUCUGUGCCCUUCCAAUUGCCAAAUCAGCAGCCACUGAACCAACCUCUACUAGUGAUGGGGAACGGAGGCCACCUUGAGUGCGAUCCCUUCUCUUCCCUUCCUCUCCCCUCAGAUGAGUGAGAAUAGUUUGGCCUGCAGAAUGCAAGAGCAGAAGAACGCAACUCCACCUCUGUCUCUAGUGCCUUGACACAGGUCAAGAAACGCAGUGCAGAGAACAAGGAUGGAGAAACCUGCUGAGGAAGGGUGCUGAGAAGGAGAUACUUUGUGGAAAUCUAGAUCCCACUUCACUUAGAUUCAUGUUAUUGAUUUGCUCUGCUAAGGGAGAAGCAUGUUGGCCUUCAUUUCCUCCAAAAUAUAUUUCCUAAUCUCUUGAGGAAAUAUCUUUGGCCUUUAUUGGCCCUGUCUUCACUGUUCUCCUUGUUGCAUGCUGGCAUGUAAUAUGCCUGGGACUUUAGGUUUCACAACUGCUUGUAGGUCAAGACUGGCCACAUUUUGCAGUGUUUCUGAAGGAAUAAAUAUAUUUAGUAUGUUAAA